UGGGGGGUCACGUGACGACGGCGGGUGUGCGUGCGUGCUCAAAGAGCGCUGUUUACGACGCUGUCGGCUGAUCCUCCUCCCGCUUGUAGAUGAAGCGAGAAGCUCCGUCAGUAGCAGCAGCCCCAUUCGACGUUAGCCGGCAGCCGGCACGCACACGCGCUCUCCGCCGCCGCCGCCGUUUCGUUUCUCAAAGCUUGCCUCUGGCGGGUGUUCGAUUUCAGGCUUGAUCUGACGCAGCUGAACAAAAGGCCUCUUUAGCAGAGAGAGGGGGAUACCUUUGUGCUUUCGUCGCCACUGCAUGCGAGAGCGGUCCGUGCUGUGAGAGGAGGGGGGUUUUUAGGCAAAGCGGUGGUGUCGAGAAUCUUGUGAGCCUCAAAUCGCGAGUGUUUUUUUUGUUAACGUGGGCUUUGUUUACUUACCAUGGGCUCCGUUGGGAAAGAGAGCCUGCAGCUGGAUUUCAACACAUGCGAGCAGUUUGAGCGAGAGUAUUUAAACCUCAAAAAUGAAUUGUCUCUGGACCAUGUUGACUAUCGCACAAUCAAGAGGGACUUCCGUUCCAGAGUAUUUGUGAACCGAAGCCUUGCCAUGGAGAAAAUCAAAUGCUUUGGCUUUGAUAUGGACUACACUCUAGCCGUGUACAAGUCGCCAGAGUACGAGGCGCUGGGGUUCGAGCUGACGGUGGAGCGCCUCGUCAAUAUCGGCUACCCCCAGGAGCUGCUCAGCUUCGAAUACGACCCCAGCUUCCCGACCAGGGGGUUGGUGUUUGAUGCUAUGUUUGGAAACCUACUGAAAGUCGACGCAUAUGGAAACAUUCUGGUCUGCGUGCAUGGUUUCAACUUUAUGAAGGGGCCUGAGAUAAGAGAGCAGUACCCCAACAAGUUCAUUCAACGCGACGAUACCGAGCGCUUCUACAUCCUCAACACGCUUUUCAACCUGCCAGAGACGUAUCUGUACGCUUGUUUAGUGGACUUCUUCACAAACUGUGCGAGGUACAAAAGGUGCGAGACGGGCGUGAAGGAUGGAGACCUGUACAUGUCCUUCAAGAGCAUGUUCCAGGACGUGCGGGAGGCCAUGGACUGGGUCCACAUGCAGGGCUCCCUCAAGUCAAAAACUCUGGAGAACCUGGAAAAAUAUGUGGUCAAGGAGCCACGUCUUCCACUGCUGCUCAGUCGAAUGAAGGAAGUUGGAAAGGUGUUCCUGGCCACAAACAGCGACUACACCUACACCAACAAAAUUAUGAAAUACCUCUUCGACUAUCCACAUGGCCCAAAGGUGCCCGGCACAUCCCACCGCCCAUGGCACUCCUACUUUGACCUGACGGUGGUGGACGCACGCAAGCCUCUGUUUUUUGCCGAGGGGACCGUAUUGCGCCAGGUGGACUUGAAAACAGGCCAUCUGAAAAUUGGCACAUACACUGGGCCCCUGCAGCAUGGCAUCGUGUACUCAGGAGGGUCUUCGGACAUGAUCUGUGACCUUCUGGGAGCCAAGGGCAAGGAUAUCCUCUACAUUGGAGACCACAUCUUUGGGGACAUCCUCAAGUCCAAGAAGCGGCAGGGCUGGAGGACUUUCCUGGUCAUUCCAGAGCUGGCACAGGAGCUGCACGUGUGGACGGAGAAGAGCGCCCUCUUCGAGGAGCUCCAGGGACUGGACAUCUUCCUCGCUGAACUCUACAAGCACUUGGACAGCAGCAGCAACGAGCGCCCGGACAUUAGCUCCCUGCAAAAGAGAAUCAAGAAAGUCACGCACGACAUGGACAUGUGCUACGGCAUGAUGGGAAGCCUCUUCCGGAGCGGCUCGCGCCCGACGUUGUUUGCCAGUCAGGUGAUGCGUUACGCCGACCUGUACGCCUCCUCCUUCAUCAACCUGCUCUACUACCCCUUCAGCUACCUCUUCCGCGCGCCGCACAUCCUGAUGCCUCACGAAUCGACGGUGGAGCACGUGCACAAUGGGCUGGGCGAGACGGAGAGCCCCAUGGCGACGCGCAACCGCCUGCUGAUGCAGGGCGUGACCGGCGGCGGCGGCACCAGCGGCCCAAGCGCCAAGGAGCAGCACGGAGACGAGUCGACCGACGGGAAGCGCCUCGGCUUCCAGCGCUCGGUCAGCGAGGUGCGGCCGCCGCACCUCCACCCGACCACUCCGCAGGAGAUCACUCACUGCCACGACGAAGAUGACGACGAGGAGGAGGAAGAGGAGGAAGAGUAAACUGCCGGCCACUCUCUGCGAGCCCAGUCAAUAGAAACGACGUGGCAACGCUCGUUUGGGUCGAAGCGAUUUUCGGGGGGGGAUUUUUUUUUUCUACGACAAGCAAAGCACGUUUACCUGAACGUAAAAAAAGAAUUGUCAAGGAACUGCUGCUUGCGCGCGUGGCUGUUUUGAGCCAGCGGUUCGGAAGGUUUCUAUUGGCGCUGGUCAUGGGGGAGGGCUCUCGGCGUGGAGCGGUUUGUGUCCUCGAUGCCAGCCUGCCGCGGUGUGAGCAAGCGUGGUCUACUCAUGGCGAGCGCACGGCUGGCAUCCCUCUGUUUGCCGUGAUGGCAGCAAUGUGGUUUUUGUCAGAAGCUGGUGCCGGUGACCACUGGUCGUAGAGGGCACGGGGUGGGGGUGGUGGUGGGUGGGUGUGCUCAUGCUCAUGCUCAGCCAAUCACAGGACACUUUUUGCCUCCUGAUGGGGGUGUGAAGCUAAAAAUUCAGUUGCAAUGGAACGUUUAGUUGCCAUUCUCUGCACUGUGAUUAUAGGCACCGUGUAUCUGACUGAUAAAGAAUCUGUCAGUGUUGGGUGUUUUAAAAAGCUGUUUUGCUGUGGCAGUAUUGUCUACCUUAACGCAAUUAAAUACGAGUGGUAAAACUACAUGAUACACGUCAUGUAUGAUGUUGAACUUCUUUCGCACCGUACGUAGCCAACCAUGCUAAUCGGAGAUGCGGGGGAAGGACAACAAACUAAACACAAAAGCAGUUCUAAAAAAAUUCAUUUUUCAAUUUCUAAAAUUGCACAGCUCCCGUGGCUUCCUAAUAUUGGAAGGAAGAGCGUUCCAGACGGCCGGUUUCAGUUCGUAAGGAUUCGAAAAUGUAUUUCUUUGUGUAUGGUUGGUAUAGAGUUACUUUUAUGAUAUAAUUAAGCUAAAGGAAGUGAUUAUUUUAAGGCGGCUUGCAAUGGGGUAUCCGUUCACACGGAAACAGUGUGGAGGGCCGAUGGGGGCGUCACCUGAUCCUGUACACACACGUGGCAUGGAUGUCCAUUGGAGUCUGCUUGCCAUGAGUUGUGUCUACAGCGGGUUUUGUGAUUGAAUAGCAUACACACCAGGUAGUGAUCCGUCUCGACCAGGAACAUGGGACCCAGGAUCCCUCGGGGCGACUUCCUUACCAGAGGUGUGGACUCGAGUCAUGUGACUUGGACUCGAGUCAGACUCGAGUCAUGAAUUUGAUGACUUCAGACUCGACUUGGACUUGCAUAACAAUGACUUUGUCCCACCUCUGAGGUGUGGACUCGAGUCAUGUGACUUGGACUCGAGUCAGACUCGAGUCAUGAAUUUGAUGACUUCAGACUCGACUUGGACUUGCAUAACAAUGACUUUGUCCCACCUCUGAGGUGUGGACUCGAGUCAUGUGACUUGGACUCGAGUCAUGAAUUUGAUGACUUCAGACUCGACUUGGACUUGCAUAACAAUGACUUUGUCCCACCUCUGAGGUGUGGACUCGAGUCAUGUGACUUGGACUCGAGUCAGACUCGAGUCAUGAAUUUGAUGACUUCAGACUCGACUUGGACUUGCAUAACAAUGACUUUGUCCCACCUCUGUUCCUUACUCUGCCACACGUGAUGUUGUAUACGGCAGUUGCUGCACGGCAACCCGUGCGGCGUUGCAGUGUGCGGGUGACAAAAAUACGUUGAGAAACAAGAUUGGAAAGAAAUCGUGAUGAGGUGUUUUAACUCGGCACAAGCAAUUCCAGUUUGGGUUUACACUUUAUACUGAAGUUGACAAGAAACCCUAUUUUUUAAUAGGAUUCCGGUUGUGCUGUUACCUUCAUAGAGGUAAUGGCCAUCGAAGCAUACAUCUCUCUGUCGGGUUCAUAUGUAUUAUUUCAUGUACAAUACAUUUGCACCAAAUUUACCUUUGCGAAACUGAGACUUGUUAGAAUCCUUGGUUAUUAACGUUAAUGGUUGGUUCAAGUGGCCAUUUGCGUGUAGUGUGUGCAGCUCAAUAUGUACUGUAUGCAGUAUAUACAUUGUACAUACGGUGUAUUGUUAUAGAUAGGACACCUUUUAGCCGCCUUUGUCACCUUUAAAGUGUCUACCCACGUUGUCACCGGCGAGUGCACUUUUGUCAGUUGAGGAUAUAUUGCCUAUGAAACAUGAUGCCAGCCCUUACCCAUCGUGCAAUACUGGCGAUGCAGCAGUAUUAAGCUCGUAUUAUGUACUCGCUUGCGCCAGGCUCAUCUCAUCGGUUGGCUCGACUGCGUAUGAGGGCCCACAGUAAAGUAGCACGGCUUCACGGCCGCCUCCUCCUCCUCCUCUGCUCACCACCCCAGUGGCUGAGUCUGGUUGGCACGGUGCGGUCUCGCUCCCUGCGCACUCGAUAGCCACUCCACUGGCUUGCCCGUCAUUGACGGGGCCAAGUUGAAAUCAAGACCCAAGCGAGCCACACUCGUCUGGGCCAGAUUACGAUCGAGCCAACCAGGUCAGGCUGUAGCCUACGGGCCCAGAGGUAUUGCGCUGUGUUAGGGUUGGUGGUGCGCGCAGAGCCGAAGCCAUGGUGGUGGGGGAGGAGGCUAAAGCAAAUGUCCUGGCGUAAGUCCUAAGACUGAAAAGCAUGUACCUCUUCGCAAGUGCACACGGGGGUGAAAAAAAACCAACAAAAACAAGGAAUGUUGCAAGCAUCUGCAGACAUUUUUUUUUUACCUGUGUCGUGUUCUUACGUGGGUUCUCUAAUUUGUCCUUAACAUUUUUGUUUUAGAAAUGUAUAAUACCAUAACAAAAAGUACAGUAAUAUACAUCUUGAUAAUGAAAAAAUGCAUGACUAGCACUGCAAAGUUAUACCUUUCAUUCUAGGAAUUACGAAGAAACUUAGUCCAAAUAUUCCUGUUUCAAUAGUCGGUUUUAUACUUAAAAUUAGAUUCGCACUAUUUUACUUAUUUCAAAUGGGGAUCUUUUCACUUGGUCUAAUUUUGCAACUGACUGCAACAGGGGAUAUGCAUGAGUGUGCGCUGAUGGAAGAUUUUGAUCGUGGAGCAGUUUAUGUUCAUGUUGGUCAGUUGUCCUUCAAGCUUUUUGAACCAAGUCACGCUGUUGUAGGGAAGUAUUAAUUAUGUCUGUGGAUAUGAUUAGAAAGCUUGCUUGAACUCCAGUUCCUUUCCAUUCAGUGAAAGCUGCUCGUUUGGGUAAUACUUUUCAACGUAUUCACGAAGUCUCCUCUCAUAACGAGCACAAACAGGCAUGCGAAGCUCAGGGUUUUCUUGAAACUCGGGGUGGUUUACUUCUUGGGCAUCUCCACCUCUCUCCGUCCCUCAAGGAUUCUUAUGCGGCACAUCCAGAUACAAUUUCUGCUUUCUCGCACGGGAUCGUGAACCACUUGGGGGCGACACGUUGUGCUUGCACGGAGACGCCGCUUUACAAAUCCAAUCUCUUAAGAAGCGGAGCUCUGGACCGUCCACGUGGGGACCGGCUGCAUCGCUCCUUCCACUAGAUCGCUUUUGUCGACUUGAUGUCAAGCGAGAGAUGAUGAGUCAUCGACUCGGCCAUACGUAGGACCACGCAACUGAAUCCAUGUUUCCACCAGCGCUGGGGCCAUUUCAAGGUCGGCGAUGCUGGCAGCUUCAUGUUAAGCUGGUGGCGCAGGAGGUGAUAGCUCUGUUCUCCUUGUUCAGCUUUGUUGCUCACCAGGGCGCUUGUUUUUUUUGUUAAGUCGCAAGAUUCCUCGAAAACUUGACCUUGCCUCCAUUGACGCUGGUUGCUUCGAGCGUCAUGCAAAAAAACUGGUUUUACAACAGUAUCGCUUACAAAUAUCCUUACGUUGUAAUUGGUGCUAUCCACACGUAAGCACAAACCUUCCCUCACAUGCUGGCCUGGACAUUUGGAUAUUGUUUUUGUUGGAAUGAUUCCACCAAAUUAAAACAGCUGCCUUUCUUAAGUGUGCAUCUGUGGCUAGGAUUGAACCUUGCUAUGGAUGGAAUCUGGAUUCCAAACUGUUUGGUUUCUUGAGAAGAACCUCCGACCCACUCUACCACCAUGCAACUUGACAACAGCAAGCGCGUAACAGGAAAUGCACUUCCAGACACAAAUGAAGCCAGCCUAAUGUUGCAAAGGCCUAAGCACGUAUAAACGUUUUCAAGACCGUUCUCCACAUGCCUUUCCGUUGGACCACAUUGUCCACUUCCUGACGGCGCUCAUGUAUAUCCCCCUUAACCAGUGACCAAAUAUUGUAUUGAAGACUGGUUAUAAAAGAACGUUUGAAAAGUGUACUGUAAUUUACUUUUUUUUUACCAUUUUCUUUUUCCAUUAAUUCCGAUUGGUGUGCUGUAAUGUAUCAUAGCCCACACGGGGCUGCUGCAGGAGUGCUCAGCUGUGCACCACGUGGUUGUGAAUGAUCAUACAUGUUUACCUAUUAUAUACUUUGCAGUGUUUUUGUUACAUUAAAACUGCCACUUUAAUUCAACAUUUUAUACAAUUGUUGCAUGCUAAAUAGGUAGUGUUAUGUUAUAUUCAUUUGUGGUUAUUGCUUUGGAAAGUGAUUUGUUGACCCCGAUUUUUUUGUUAAAUGCCUAAAUGUGUUUGCAUAUUGAGAGUAUCGAUUACUACUUUUAAAAUGUGAAUGUUAUUCGGGCAUCCUUGCUGCAUUCUUUACCUAGUGCUGUGCUGUCAAACCAUAUUCCAAUAAACACCUUAUUUGUCCA